CUUCCAUAUGAAUUGAUGAAGGCUAUGAUGGAUGAGUAGCAGGAUGAGCUGCUCACACUUUUACGGAUGCUGAUAACGGUUUUCUUAAUAAGGGGAAAUAGAUUUGAUUAACACUAUCGCAUAUUGGGUAUUGAAUGGUCCUGUAAAGGACGUUGGAUUUUGGAAAUCUGACCUUGGGCGUCCUGUGUACCCAGGAGAGUCAUGCUUUCAGCUUCUAAGGGACUUUACUUGUCCCUGAGACAUUCGUUUGUAAACUGGAGUCACAAUGGUGAAAUCAUUCAUGAAACUGUUUUACCAGGGGUUGUCAUGUACCACUUGCAGUUUUUAUAUAACUAUUUUGUAGUGAAUCAGAUAGCACCCAAGACAACCGUAUUAUUUCAUUCUUGGCAGUUUCCCCAAAGGAUGCAUUGCUUGCUGCAGUUGACAAUACAAAGCAAAUGUAUUUAUACAGCCGUAAAGACCAUCAGUGGUCUUUAUUUGCUCAACUAAAAAUACAUAAGCAGGUUUCAUACCUGUUUUUUACCCCGAGUGAGCGGUCACUGGUGAUUGGGGACAAGUCGGGUGACGUGUAUAGACUUCCUGUAGGCGAAGAGCGACCUAUAUCUGAAACGGAUUUAACAUGCCUUUGUGGUCAUCUGUCUAUACUGAGCCACCUGGCUAUUUCAGAUGACGAAGUGUUCCUUGCCUCAUGUGAUCGCGAUGAAAAGAUACGCAUCAGCCGAUUUCCUCAAGCAUAUAUUAUCCAAUCAUUCUGCCUUGGACAUACCUCAUUUGUUUCUCAGUUGGGUUUUAUUCCUAACAGCCGAUAUUUGGUUUCAGCCGGUGGGGAUGGCGAUUUGAAGGUUUGGAAUUGUAUUACGGGUCAGUGUUUAUCGACACAUCAUAUAGUGGCAGAUGAAUUACCAUCGCCUGCAGUUUCUGAAUUCGAUUUCAAUUCAGAAGCUGUUGUAUCCAGAUUGUAUUUUGCCAGAAACGAUGUAAUUGUUUGUUCUUUUCUAUCUCAUCCAGUAUUAUUAGCAUUUCAUUUAUGCGUUGAAAAUGAUGAAAAUGUAUAUUGGGGAUCAAAAAGUUUUACUUCUACACCAGAUAAUUUACCGCUCAUUGAUAUGGUAUUGACAUGCUGCAAUAACGUGGAAGAAAAUGAUAAUUCUAUUGCAAAUAGUUUAAUUGUUGGACUGUGUUCUACGCCAGCUGGUGGUGUUGGUUUGUUCUCAUGGAGGUUAACUAUGCAAUACAAUGCUUGUGAUAAAUUAUAUUCCUUAAAGUGGGAAGAUUUUCAACGAAUAAAUUGUAUAUCAGAAGAUAUUCUAUCAAGAGUUCCAGUUCCAAGUCCUCGAACAGAACUUCUGAAGUUAUUUUUCAAGUGUAAAGACAACGAUUCAAUGAUACAAGCUUAUGAAGAGAAUAAAAAGCUACACCAUGAGAAUGUUACGCAACGUCAUUUACGGAGUCAAAAAAUGCGUAAAUUGAAUAAAGCUUCCCAGAAUAAUGUUGACAAAGAGAUAAGUGUAUAGUUGGGCGGGGGGAGGCAGGA